AUCAGCAGAGCCCAUUGUUUUCAGGGGCUUUGGCUACUCGGGCAGAGUGGGCGCCCCUGUCUGUGUAUGUUUCCACUCUCUGGACAUGUUUGUCUUUUAGAAGAUAAAGAGAAGAUUUCCACUCCCAGAUGACUUUGAAAAUGACUCAUGAGCUUACGCCAUACCAUCCGUCCAACAAGUCUCCCGACUCUUCUCUUUUUAUAUCGUGGGCCACCAGCAGCCUAUUUCGGUCUUAAGGUUAAAAUGGUAGAUGUUGUGUCGCCACGCACAAUGCCGUCAGAAACUGAGGUGCAUGUGGCGAGGAGCUUUCUCACCAAGAUUUUGCGAAGCUCCAUGAGGAAGAACCGCUUCAAGGGGAAGAAUGACCCAGGCUUGCGGCCCCAUUCCUGGCACACCUCCAAGCUGACAGAGGAGGAGCCUCCCGAGAGAGAGGCAACCACAGCCCCAGUCUGGCAGCCAAAGCAUGAAGCAAGGCCCAAAGAGUCAUCCACUCAAGGAGACCAGAGCAUCCAGCACCAGUUAACCAGUCAGUUCAGCUCAGCGAACAACAUGGAGAGACUCGAGCGUCACUACCCGUCAGGCCGUCUUUCCCCAAAUAAAUACGGCAGCAGUGCUGAGCCACACUGUGGACCAGGAGGCAAGAGGGACUCUGGGUUCAGCUGUUUCUCAAGUGGCUCCAGCCCCCCUAUUCAUGACCUUAGUGCAACUAGUAGAAAGGGAACCAGCACGGAAAGCAUUUUCUUUAAGGGCCUUCAGAGUGAAGGACCUCAGCAGACUGAGCGGCCCAGGUACCUGCAGCCAACACUGGGGAAUGGAAGCUGGAAGGAGCAGCCGGCAUGUCGGGUUUCCAUUGCUGGGAGAUCCAACGUAGGCCCAGUGUGGCAGGUACCAGACAGGAAAAAGUCUCAGUCUCCUCCACCACCUCCUCCCCUGCGUAGUGACAGCUUUGCAGCCACAAAGGUGUUCCCUUACUGUGAAGGUCCAGCAAAGAGCCACGGCAAAUCAUUUGAAAAUCUGACAGAAAGUAACCACCACAAUGGCCUCAGAUCCCACCAGGAGAAAACCUCAGAGACCAGACGUAGCUUCAACCCAAUGCCCGCCAAAGACUUCCUCCACCCAAACACACCAGCUGAUUACAACCACAAACAGCUCAACCCCAACAAACAUUUCUCCUUGUCUAGCAGUGACGUCAGACAGUCUCAUUACACCCAAAUACCUGCCCACCAAAGGCAGUUCAGUGAUGAAAGUCCCUUCUACUUCCUGCAGACUGGAAAGGCUCCUCCCACCAAGACUCAAAGUGUAGGAAGCUACUAUCGCAGUCUCCAGGAUCUGCCCACAAAUGCUUUCACCCGAAAACAGCACUCCACAGCAUCCAUGGCAAAUACUGCAGCAAACCCAAUCAUGGGGAGUGGGGGGCACAAGAGGUACUACAGUCUGGCAAGUAAGCAUUCAGUCCAGACUGUGGAGUACAAGGCCAGGCAGGGCAAAACUGAAAGCCGGAUGACAGAAACAGAGAAACACCACUGGAUGAACCUCAAUGAAGCAGGCUUCCCAAGUUCCUCGAAGACUAACACUAAGGCAAAAUACACUCUUCCUCAGUCCCAGAUGCCUUACGGUGAAAAUAAGGAAUGUCACAGCCAUUCCCGUUUUGGGAAUGGUCUUUACUACAAUCACCAGACCUCUGAACUUUCUCUUCGAACCCCAGAGGAUGCUGCAAAGAGAGGCGAAGGCCACUCUAAUGACAUGAAAAGACACUUUCCAGCACAUCACGUCAAUGAUCACAAGGCUAAUCUUCCAAGACACCAGGACCUGUGGGUGCCUCAAGAAGACCAACGAAUAACUGCCCUGAAAACUCCACUCCUCCACUCUCUGACUCAAGAGAGCAGGAGCCUAGCAGCAACGACCACAAGUGUCCUGGCUACCCAGGAUGCCAGUGACACCAUGACUGCCAGCAGUGCAAAAGCAAAUCGCCGUAGUGACCGCUACGCCACCACCCUCCGUAAAGAGAUCCAGCAGAAGCGAGCCCAGCUGCAAAAGAGCCGCAGCGCUGCAACUCUGACUGGUGAUGCAAAGGAUGAGGAUACAGAGGAGUGGAGAUCCAUGGAAGCUUCUACAUCUUCUGGUGUUUCCUACUCAAAUACUUACAAGGACCACCUGAAAGAGGCACAGGCCAGGGUCCUCCAGGCCACUUCCUUCCAGAGACGAGACCUAGAGCCCCAGGGACCAGAAGCCUCAAUACUUAAAACCCCCAAUGUACGCGUUAGAGGACGUAAGCGAUGCCAGCUGGCGAAGAGGACACACUCUUUUUCAGAGCCUGACAAAAUGGACAAAGUGGGAGUGGAAGGAGAAUCCCAAACAGGCUCAUUUGGGGAGCGGAGGAAGUUCUUUGAGGCCAAACCAGCCUUUUCCAGGCCUGUGCUGAAGUCAAGUCAGGGUGCAAAUUUGAACACGGACCUGGAUGAGUCAGGCAAACCCAAAAAAGGAGCUCCCUCUAUAGGGUCUGUGGAGGCACAGCCAUCCAUGGACCCCAACCACCUCAGCCCUGGCCAUAAGGUCUUAUUGGAGCAGCAGAGGCUUGGUACGUUUGCUGAGUAUCAGGCCACAUGGAGCAAGCAGAAGAAGUCAUCAGAAGCCAAGACGCAAGGGCGGUAUCACUCAGCGGAGAACAUCUUAGAUGCGGGUGCAGAGGAGAAGGCCAUCUGCAUACAUGAGAGGUCCAGAUCUUCUCCUUCUGCAGACUUCUAUACACAGAAUAUUCCUUCUCCUUGGCGAGACACUCAGGCCCAACAGAGCAGUUUAACCACCAGAGGGAAGUCAGAGAGCAGGCUUCAAUACGAGCUUGACCACAGCCCACAGCUGGUUGAGGGCCUCUCUCCAGGCCUCCCUGACCACAGGACAAAGCCCGAAGCUGCCAUUCCCGCCCACACCACGCUCUCCUCUGGCCCUCGCAGCCUCAGCCCCAUCCCUGGCUCCGAGCACCCAGCCCAGCCGCCACAACCCCAGAGCCUUCUGCCGCCACCCAGGCUCCAUUUAGGCCCAGAAACCACAUCCUCCUCCCAGGAAUUCCUCGCUGGUGCCCAGGCAGAUCCGGCAGCAGUCCAGUCUCUGUCCAUUUCUGUCUCUGUCACCCAGCACAAUGCUGCUGCCGCUGCCAUUGCCGCUGCUGCUCAGGUCUCCCCCGCUGGCCCCGCCUCGGCCAUCUCCCCUCGCCUCACAGAGAUGUCCUGUGCAGACGUGAACAAAGGAGCUGAAGAAAAUGAGGAGAAGCAGCAGUCAGGGCCACCUUCUCCUUCCUCAUCUCCACUCUCCUCCUCCUCCUCCUGCACAGCCCCUCUGUCUCUUCCUAGGACCGAUCGAGCGCGGUCUCCUUCACCACAGUUUGCGCCGCUGAGGCUGACCGACAAACCGCCUGCCGCGUCCGUGCAGGAUGACUCACUGCUCAGGUUGGAAAGCGAAUCAAAGCACCCUGAAGUGAUGGACGUGAGCGGUCAGGUGAGGAAAGUCCCCGUGAGGAUCGUCCACGCUGUGAGUAGCUCAGAGCGCCAGGGCCGGGCCUAUCUGCCACAGAGCAGCGAGACCUGCAGCCUCGUUGAGCCACUGCCUCGCAUCCCCUCCCUGGCCGCCACGGAGCAUCCGUCCUCAUCCCGGUUCAGCGCCUACAACCGCCAGGCUGCACAGGAGUCAGCAUCUGAGCCCAGCUCAGCUGGCGCCCAACACUCAGAGGAAGACGCAAAGAGAGAGGAGCUGGUAAGGGACAUUAUGGGUAAAGACAAGUCCCUAGUGGACAUCCUGGAUCAGAGUGGCAGGAAGACCACCAUGGACCUGAUGGAGGGGCUCUUCCCACCAGAGGAGGAGAUCCUGGAGGGAGCCCAGCAGCGCAGGAGGGCCUCAGCUGGAUCCAGACUGCCCACAUCAUCCCCUGGGAGCACAGAAAGAAGGGAGGAGGAGGAGGUAUCGGUAUCAGCAGCAGCCUCGCUGGUCCCCAGCUCCUCCUACUACAACACAUCAGCUCCCAAAGCUGAGCUCCUCAUCAAGAUGAAGGACAUGCAGGAGCAGUUGGAGGAGCAAGACUCAGAGGAUGAGCUGGAUGUUGAUCUGGUCAGUAAAAAGCAAGAGCUGAUCUCCAGCCUAGCGAGGAAGCUGGAGGUGCUACGGGAAGCGAGGCAGAGCUUGCAGGAGGACGUGGAGGACAACGAGGCUUUGGGCCGUGAAGUGGAGGCCACCGUGCAGCGCCUCUGUCAGCCCAACCAGCUCGACAAGUUCCGCAUGUUCGUGGGCGACCUGGACAAGGUUGUUAGCUUGCUGCUGUCGCUGUCGGGACGUCUCGCCCGGGUGGAGAACGCCCUCAACAGCCUGGAGGAUGAAGCACCGCCUGAGGAGAAGCGAACCCUGACGGAGAAACGAAAGCUGCUGAUGCGGCAGCAUGAAGACGCCAAAGAGCUGAAGGAGAACCUGGACCGUCGGGAGCAUCUGGUGUCCAGCAUCAUGGAGGCCCACCUGGACAUGGAGAGCCUGGACGAUUACAGACAUUUCGUCAAGAUGAAGUCUGCCCUCAUCAUCGAGCAGCGCAAGCUGGAAGACAAGAUUAAGCUGGGCGAGGAGCAGCUGAAGUGCCUGAUGGACAGCCUGCCGCUGGAGCAGAGACCAUUGCUCUGAUUCAGUCAGAAGGACUGGACGCAUUUCAAGUUGAAGCAUAUAAUUUUUAUAUGAAUAUCAUUAAACUGUGUGUGAGUUUGUGACCUCAGCCUGGCUUUGAUGCCAGUGGAGGUGCUGUUUGUUAAUCAUGUGGUUUUAAACCAAACUGAGGAGCCUCAGGAACCAAAUCAGACACCAAGAUUUGUCAAUUAGUCCUUUUACAGCUUAAUGUGGAUCAAUGCUGCUCAUUUCCAGCUCCUUAUUGUAAUUUUUGGAUCCUCCAGAGCAGUUUUGCAUGAUUAACAGUUUAAAAUAAUCCUUUCUUUUUUCCGGGUGCUGGUGCCGCCUGUUUUCUUCUGAUUGGUUGCCCCUUAUAAACAGCGUGUCACUAUGACAUCAUUUAGAGCCAAGAGCAGAAAAAACUGUCCAAAUUUGGAACAGUCUGAACCUUGACCUUUUGGCCCAGGGGGACAUACUCUGAUCUCAUUAUUUAAAAUUUUAGCCAUGUUUAUUAUGAGCAUCCACCACUGGAGCAGGAAACAUAUGGCAGAAAAUCAGGAAAAACAGAGCAGGUCCACUUUAAAAACUGACAGUUUCUUUGAGGCCCAGUUUUUACUCAUAAGGAUUUGACAAGAACACAAACGUGUUGCCAUUUGUAAUUAAUGGAUUCAUGACAAGGAUGUUUGUCCACAACAUACAGAGAGGGACAGGGAGGCACGAUAGCUCUCUGUUUCAGUCUGUUGGGGGUUUUUUUUGUAAUUUUUUGCUGCUUAACAGACUUUAUUAAAGGAAGUGAUGGAAUAGACCAUCAUCGCCUAUAUUUGCAGUGAUGGUCCUGAAGGUUUCUGUAGUCAUAAUGGGCUCGUAUUCUUGAUUUUUUUAUUUAUUUAUUUUUUCUCAUUACCCAGAGGUCAGUAAACACUGCUGAUUUUCUGUCAAUCUUGUGCACCUUGUGCAGUCUGCGUCACCAUAAACCAUAGACUGUACAUAAAAGAUGGAUGGAGCCACCACGAUGUCACCCAUUGGUUAGUGAAGUCCCGUUAUGGCGCCAUAAGCUGAGCUUUUUUUUUUGUGUUGGUGUCUUUGUGUUUUGACACCAGACGUUAACUGAGGGGUGGCUCUGACUGAAAAACCGAGGAUGCUGCACACUCAUUGGCUAACAGGUCAUGACUGACAAGUCGUUAACCAGUGAUUCUAAUGGUGUGUUUGCACUGAACUCGCAUGAAUACAGACAGGAAGAGGACUGGGACCAAGUUACAGACACAUAUUUCCAGAAUUUAACAUAAUGGGGUGAAUGGGGCUUUAGCAGCUGAUUUCUCAGAGGACUGCCAGUAACUUCCAGCAGCCAUUUGCAGCCGGUUGUGGAAUAUACAUUUUUCCUAUCCUUGCCAGAUGGUUGCCAACUUGUCUCUAGGCCUGUAUGACUGAGGGCUAAGCUAAAGGAGCAACAACACCACAAGCAAACACACAUCAGCGCUCCAAGGCCAAUGUAUUUAUUAAGUAAUAUUACAGCCAAGACAGACUUUUAAUAUAUAAAGAUUUAUACAUUGAGCAACCACUGGUUGCUAGGGAAAAUGUGCUUUCUGUGAUCAGUUGAAGGUUGCUGGCUGUUGCUAGCAUGAAAGUGAUUGCAAAGAAGUAUAUGGCUUGUUUUCAAAUAGACUCGUAUACAACUGGAAGACUUUUUACAGAGGCAUCAACCCCAGGUGGCCUUUAUAAAGAAGGCACUUCAGUGGUGGCUUCACUUUCCAUCUUUUAUAUACAGUCUAUGCCAGGAACUCAAAUAUGUUGCUUGUUUUUUCUUAUUUUUUGCAGCAGAGCAGCGCCCCCUAUCAGUUUUGUGACGUGAAGUGAACCAACUUUUUAAUCACCUAUUAGCAUCCCAAAGACAAAAUAUUUCAUGUAAUAUUGCAGUAAGGGCAAAGUUUAAUACAAAAAUAUUUAUACACUGAGUGUUAUGUGCUAAUAGUGCUAAAAGUAACAAGCUUUUGAUUUCUGCUGAGCUGCUCGCUGUUUGAAGCCGUUUUAAAAUGUCAUGAAGUUGAACCUUUUUCGAGACACUUGUCAAGUUGACCGUUUAAUACGUAGAACUGCUACCGCAUAUGAAUUGUGAUAUUUUACUGAUCCUUGUAUGAAAGCUGCUUUUCUUUUGCACCUCAGAGAGGUGAAGCUCCUAAAACCAAAUGAUGCUGUUACCUUGCUCGUCUCAUCACCCUGCAGUGUUUCUAUUCCCUUCUAAUGUUCACGUUUUAAUUGUGUGUUUUUCUUGUUUUGGUUUUUUUUGAACUUGCUGAAAGUGGCUGGGUCACGUGUGUUUUAAGUUUUCAAGUAAUUUUUCCUAGUAAUUUAUUGUAUGGCUUUGGGUGGAAAUGCAUUUGAAGAAAAGAGAAGGGUUUUCCCUGUAAUUACCCAGCAAACAUUUCAGUUUCAAUUACAUGAUGACUUAACAUCUUUUCUCAACUUCUGGUUUCAAGGAAAAGUGAAAAUUGUGUAAUUUUUCUCAUGGCUUACUCUGUGUUGUCUAAUACAGUUAAAAAGAAUGAGUUUGAAUCCAAACGAUCUGUUGAGGACGAGAAUCUUCAAUUACAAACUGUUGCUUUCUUUUGUGCAGUGUUCUCUAAGACCAGAUGCUACUUUUACAUGUGAUAAAUAUCUCAUUUUAGAGUGAAACUCUUCUUUUUUUAUUUAUUUGUGCCAGAAUAAAGGGUGGAUUUGAUAAUAACUAGACUAUAUUCUCAUGAAACAGCAUUAAUGUCACUCCUGCUGGGUUUUCUUAAAUACAGGCUGAUUUUUCUCCUCGGAGUAAGAAGACUGAGACACAGCUGGUGUUUCUGCGGAGGCUGAUAUAAAAAGUUAGCACUUUACUCUCAUACACUGCAUAUAUGUUUAUGUGAAAAUGUGCCUACUGUAGCCUCACACCUCUGUGAUCUCCACAGACUGUUGUACAGCCCACACUUCAUGUCUGCAGAAGGCAAUAAAGUGA